AAUUCCCAGCAAACAACGAAGAAGUCAUCAUGGGGAUAGGAGGAGGGACAAGAACUCUGCUGGACUUCCUUAGUGAUAUUUUACCGUUUGGUCUUGUUUUUACGUUGAAUCGCAGGGGGCGGGAGACACUGUAGCCUUUUCUGUGGUUGGGAUCUCGGAAGGGCUCCCUCUGGCCCUGAGCUUGGUAUGUGCUCAGUCAGCUACAAAUUGACCCUGUGCUCCGCUCCCUUUGCAUUCACGGUCAGGCAGCAGGUUGGGCGUGGGACAUUCAGCGUCGUGGGGAGCCAGUUAACGGACCUCCUCAGAGCGCCUCAUCUACACCCACUGGGACUAACUCCCUCAGCUAGGAAGGCUUAGGCCUUGGUUCCGAGGCGGUCUCCAGGCACUCGCUCACUUUAAUAAGAUUGUUUACCAGGUGCCAUGCAUAGCUUCUCAGCCUACUCCUGAAAAAUCCCAGGAGGGCAAAACCAAAGCCAGGAUUGGCUGAGCGAGUCCCCAAGGGUGGGCCCGGAUUUGCCCCCAGCCUCCUCCCAGGCUGGGGAGAUGCUCCAGUGCCUGCCUUUGGAGGGCGGGGAAGGGGCAGACUCAGAAGAGCAGGAGGACAGCUCCCCAGAAGAGUCGAAAGAAAUCGUCACCCUGGUUUUCAUGAGCGAGAACGCUGGGGUACAAGAGAGGCUUCAGAAUGCCCCGCAGCAAGGCAGGAGGAGGAAGAAAAAAAGAUGAUUGGUGAUCAAUCUCUCCACCUGCCGAUACGAGAGCGUGCGUAGGGCUGCCCAGCGGUAUGGCCUUCGAGAGGGAGGGGAAACCAAUGACUGGACUCUCUACUGGACAGACUACUCAGUGUCGCUGGAGAGGGUGAUGGAAAUGAAAAGUUACCAGAAAAUAAAUCACUUCCCCGGGAUGAGUGAAAUCUGCCGAAAGGACUUGCUGGCCAGAAAUAUGAGCCGCAUGUUAAAGAUGUUCCCUAAGGAUUUCCUCUUCUUCCCUAGGACCUGGUGUCUUCCUGCUGACUGGGGAGAUUUGCAGAACUACAGCAGGUCAAGAAAAAAUAAGACGUACAUUUGUAAGCCGGAUUCGGGCUGCCAAGGGAGAGGUAUAUUCAUCACCCGGACGGUGAAAGAUAUCAAGCCAGGCGAGGAUAUGAUCUGUCAACUCUAUAUUUCAAAGCCCUUUAUCAUUGAUGGGUUCAAGUUUGACCUGCGGAUUUAUGUGCUGAUGACGUCCUGUGACCCCCUCCGGAUUUUUGCAUACAACGAAGGGCUAGCACGCUUCGCCACUACCUCCUACUCCCACCCCUGCGCAGACAACCUGGAUGACAUCUGCAUGCACCUGACUAAUUAUUCCAUCAAUAAGCACAGCUCCAAUUUCGUUCGAGAUGCUCAGGCCGGGAGCAAGAGGAAGCUCUCCACCUUCAGCGUGUACAUGGAAAGCCACGGCUACAACACGGAGCAGGUCUGGAGAGAUAUCGAGGACGUCAUCAUCAAGACGAUCAUCUCCGCCCACCCCAUCAUCAAGCAUAACUACCACACCUGCUUCCCCAACCACACACUCAACAGCGCCUGCUUUGAAAUCCUGGGCUUUGACAUUUUGCUGGACCACAAACUCAAGCCCUGGCUGCUGGAGGUCAACCACUCUCCGAGCUUCUCCACCGACUCCUGGUUGGAUAAAGAGGUGAAAGACAGUCUGCUAUAUGACACUUUGGUCCUGAUCAACCUGGGAAGCUGUGACAAAAAGAAAGUCUUGGAGGAGGAGAGACAACGGGGGCGGUUCCUGCAAAAAUGUCGUUCUCGGCAGACCAGGAUCGAGGAGGUCAAGGGUUUCCAGGCUGUGUGGUUAGAGAAAACUGAGAAGUACGAGAAGGAAAACUGUGGAGGGUUCCGCCUGAUUUAUCCUACUCUGAAUGCGGAGAAGUAUGAGAAGUUUUUCCAGGGAAACAACUCUCUCUUCCAGAAUACUGUUGCCUCCAGGGCUCGGGAGGUGUAUGCCCGGCAGCUGAUCCAGGAGCUGAGACUCAAACAGGAGAAAAACUCCUUCCAAACGAAAGAGAAGAAGGCAGAGACGCAGGGGGAGUCGGCCGGCGAGCGAGCGAGGGGCAAGAGCGCGAGGAGCUGGCCACAGAAACCACAGCAGGAACACAAGGCCACGGCCCCCGUCUCCAGACAAAAUCUCCAGCCAUUGACGUUAGUGUCCUGCACACCUGAGUUGCUCUUGAGUGUCAGAGAUGCAGAGACAAAUGAGACAGACAGCAGCCUCGCCCCGGAGGCCCCCACAAAAGAGGCCGUCCCUGCACGGCGGCACACCUCUGCACCUGACCUGAGGCACUCGAGCCUUCUCGGCUGCCCGGGGCUGGAGCUUGGUAACCCCCUCUCCAGAAUCAAGGAGGUCAAGUCCGCCUCCGCAGUGAACAUAUUCACCAGCACUGAGCCCUUAACCUCAGUGGAAACCUCCCCAGAUUCCACCGCCCAGGACUCAGACUCCCCAGAGUCUCUGCCUAGCAUGACCGUGAAAACCAGCUCUGAGUACAGUAGCCCCAAGACGGUCUCCUUGAAAUACAGGCAGCACCACAUCUCCCAGCACCUCCUCCAGGGGAAAAUCUCGAAAAUUUCUCUGCCGACAAAUUCCCAGAGCUUCUUAGGACAUCUGACCCAGAGCUGGGCUUCGCCGAAGAGUGACGCGAGGAAGCAGAGUCUGAUGUCUGAGCUAUUCACCAAGGUUCCCCUGAGGGAGAAGCUCUCCCUGUUCCCAGCUCCCGACAACCCAAAGCUGGUGCUGAGUAACAAGUCACAAAACCACUCCCUGCCCUGGGAGUGCUGCUGGGGCGGCCAAAGCUCUGGCAGGAAGAGGCGGCUGCACGUGUCCUCCCUUGUCCUCCUGCACCAUCGUCCGAGCUACAAUGUUUCUCUGAAGGAUCUGCUGGUGGUCGCCACCCCAGCCCGACUGGAUCCGAGGCCUGGCCGAAGCCACGGGGGAAGCGUACAGUCACUGCCCAAUCGCGGGCCCAAGAGGAUGUGAGCGGAACUAGAAUCAGACCGGAUCUCUGCCAUUGUUUCCCUUUCCACGUCGUAUUCCCAGGAAAUGAUUUAUCUUUUCUUAAAGUGUCUACAACGUCCAUAGGAUCAACGGAAAGUUUUAUUUCCUCAUCUAGAUAUCCUGGUCUUACAACUGCCUCCCAUUAACAUCACUGGGCCAACAGCCUUGCCUUUUGUGCCCUCCCAGUUAGCUUCCGGUGCUGAAGGACCGUGACUUAUGAGUAUUGGAGCUGCCCCAGGAUCCACCCCAGCUGCCCCACCAGUGGCAUUCCUACGGGUCCCUCAGAUGGCAUCGUCAUCCAGAACACUCCCCCCCCCCCCCCAGGUAGAGCAGUGUGAAGGUUGGCAUGUUUCAGGGAAGGACUCAAAGCUUCCAGGGAUGCAAAGCCCCCAGUCCACCAACAGGCCUGUGUCAGUUGGCUUUCAACCUCGAAGAGAAAAGACAGAGAAAGGGCCAGGCGUGAAUGGAGAAUUCUGAGCCCUGAAUGGAGAAUUCUGAGCCCUGAGACCAGACCUCCUCCCACCCCAGCCACCUCUGUGCCCAAACACCUUUGUGCCACCUCCCUCACCGGCCCACAUCGAUCCUGCUGACGGAGAAAGAAGUGAGGCGAGAGUGCCCAGCGUGCAAUGUUUCUUCCGUCAACCUGCAGAAAUGAUGCAUCUUCCCCUCAAGUGUACAUUAAUAAAUUGCCACGCUCAA